AUGAGCCAGGACGAGGGUUACAAAAUGACGCUGCUGGAAGAGUUACAGGGAGAUGACGAAGAGGCAGUGAUUGACCAAGGAAGAACGAGCAACGUCGUCAAUAUUCACUAUGAGAAGGAGGAGUUGGAAGGCCACCGGACCCUGUACGUGGGCGUGCGGAUGCCGCUGGUGAGGCAAAGCCAGCGGCAUCACCGUCCCCACAGCCAGAAGCAUCGGGAAGAGGAACGGGAGAAGGACUCUGCCCCGACGGAGCAGGGCUACCACUACACUCCGUCCCAGCGAGUGCAGUUCAUCCUCGGGACCGAGGAGGACGAGCAGCACGUUCCCCAUGACUUGUUCACCGAGCUGGAUGAGAUCUGCGUGAAAGAGGGUGAAGAUGCCGAGUGGAAGGAAACGGCAAGGUGGCUGAAGUUUGAGGAGGACGUGGAAGACGGCGGCGAGCGCUGGAGCAAGCCCUACGUGGCCACGCUGUCCUUGCACAGCCUCUCUGAGCUGAGGAGUUGCAUCAUCAACGGGACGGUGCUGCUGGACAUUUGUGCCAACAGCAUCGAAGAGAUUGCAGAUAUGAUCCUGGGCCCGCAAGACCAGUCCACGGAGUUUGACGAGCACGUGCGGGCAAAAGUUCGAGAAGUCCUACUGAAGAAGCAUCACCAUCAGAAUGAGAAGAAAAGAAACAACCUUCUUCCCAUCGUCCGCUCGUUUGCUGAUGUGAGCAAGAAGCAGUCAGACCUGCACCUCCUUGACAAGCCAGCCCAAACACUCACCCCUCAUCCUUCUCCUACCACUGCAGAAGCUAAAAAUGGGGUGAACCACGAGAGCAACGCGAUGGACUUAAGCAAGGCGCAGCUGCAUUUCAUGAAGAAAAUUCCCACCGGGGCUGAAGCAUCCAACGUGCUCGUAGGAGAGCUGGAUUUCCUUCGCCAGCCCAUCGUGGCAUUUGUCCGCCUGACCCCGGCUGUCCUCCUCUCGGGCAUGACGGAAGUUUUCCGUGACGUUGCCUAUAAAGCCGAGAACCGGGCUGACCUCGUGGCCGGCAUCGACGAGUUUCUGGAUCAGGUCACGGUCUUGCUGCCAGGAGAAUGGGAUCCAUCGAUCCGAAUCGAGCCCCCGAAAAACGUCCCUUCGCAGAAUCGGAGCGUGCACCUUCCCUUGCUCUUUGGAGGUUUGAUCCUGGACGUGAAGCGCAAAGCCCCGUGGUUCUGGAGCGACUUUCGGGAUGGUCUGAGCCUGCAGUGUCUGGCGUCCUUCCUCUUCCUCUUCUGUGCCUGCAUGUCCCCUGUCAUCACCUUCGGGGGACUGCUGGGGGAGGCGACCGACGGCCACAUCAGUGCCAUGGAGUCACUGCUGGGCGCAUCCAUGACCGGCGUGGUGUAUUCCCUCUUUGCUGGCCAACCUCUCACCAUCCUCGGCAGCACUGGACCCGUCCUCGUGUUCGAAAAGAUCCUCUACAAAUUCUGCAAGGAGUACGCGCUCUCCUAUCUCUCUCUGCGGGCCUGCAUCGGGCUGUGGACUGCCGCCUUCUGCAUAGUGCUGGUGGCCACCGACGCCAGCUGUUUGGUGUGCUACAUCACCCGCUUCACCGAAGAAGCCUUCGCCUCCCUCAUCUGCAUCAUCUUCAUCUACGAGGCUCUGGAGAAGCUGAGUCACCUGCGAGAGACCUACCCUGUGCACAUGCACAGCAAGCUCGACUUCCUCACCGUCUACUACUGUAAGUGUGAGGCACCAAGCCAUCCCAGCAACGCAACCCUGCGUUUCUGGGAGAGCAACGAGAUCAACGUGUCUGGCAUCGCCUGGGAAAACCUCACGGUGACUGAAUGUCGGUAUUUGCAUGGAGAGUUUCACGGACCUGCCUGUGGACGCAAUGGCCCCUACGCGCCUAAUGUCCUCUUCUGGUGCUGCAUCCUCUUCUUCUCCACCUUUGUCCUGUCGAGCUUCUUGAAGAAGUUUAAAAGCAGCCGUUACUUCCCAACCAGAGUGCGGUCCACAAUAAGUGACUUUGCUGUUUUCCUCACCAUCGUCAUCAUGGUGCUCACUGACUUCAUGACUGGGAUCCCGUCACCGAAGCUCCACAUCCCCCAUAUGUUCAAGCCUACCAGAGACGACCGCGGGUGGUUCAUCUGCCCCACAGGACCCAACCCUUGGUGGACGGUGGUGGCUGCGCUCAUCCCAGCUCUGCUUUGCACCAUCUUGAUAUUCAUGGACCAGCAGAUCACUGCUCUUAUCGUGAACAGGAAGGAGCACAGGCUGAAGAAAGGAUGCGGGUACCACCUGGACCUCUUCAUGGUGGCCGUGAUGCUGGGGGUGUGCUCCGUGAUGGGGCUGCCGUGGUUUGUGGCUGCGACCGUCCUGUCCAUCACCCACGUGAAUAGCCUCAAAGUGGAGUCUGGCUGCUCAGCUCCAGGAGAACAGCCCAAGUUUCUGGGGAUACGAGAGCAGAGAGUCACUGGCUUGAUGAUCUUUGUGCUCAUGGGCUGCUCAGUCUUCUUCACUUCGGUGUUAAAG